AUGAGAUCUUUCAAUAAAACCUCUUGUCUACAAUAUCUGGGAAUAUUCCUGCUGGUGCCUUUAUCCAAAUCUGCAACGAAUGGAAGGGAUGGCAUCGCGGUGAAUCCUUUCCUCUACAACCACACUGACCUGGAAUUUGUACAGUGUAAUCAUUCUUUUUAUAAGAUUAAACCGUACAACGGAAGAGCGGAGAUAGAAAGCAGCCAAGAAAGUAGGGUAAAUCCUUCCAGGCAAUAUCUCCCCUUGCCUGAUCCUUCUAGACAAUAUCUUCCUCAGCCUGAUGUCCCAAAUCUGCUGAAGAGUGAAGAGGAUCCAGCAGCAUCAUUUGAUCAACCUAAUUUCCUAUCGGUUGAGAAUACAUUUUUGUCACCAAGUUUGCAGAAGAAUUAUAAAUCAUUAUUUAAUCAGAAUGAGAAAACAGAUACCUUGUCACCUGCAGCUGCAAAUGUACCUUCAAACGCUUUACCACUUCCAUCUCCUAGGAAAACGAACAACAAGAAACAUUCAGAUGAAGAUGACGAAGACAAUCUAGAAAGGCUUUGUAAUGAUGCUUUUCACAGCUUUCUUUGCAAGCCAAUAAAAGGACCUAGGAAAACACCAAAUGGAAGGCUGAGACAGAAUGCUGUGUUACCUCCAGAUAUAUUGGCUGGAUUUUCAUCCAAUCAAGAUAUAGCAAGAGUGAGGCCCAACAACAAAGAACCGCCUCAGAGUGCAUUCAAUAACAUAGGAUAUUCCUUUGCUAAACCUACAACAACAACAGUUCCAUCAUCUCCACAACCUAAUCCAGCAAAUCAAUUUCCUCAACGUUUACCUUUCCCUAAACCGAUUUCAACUACCACUAAAAUUCACAGUACAACUCCAACACCUUUUGUUAAUAUACUAAAAACCAUCGACCCUUCAAAUCCGAUCCUUCCCAGUCCAACGAAUACAGAUCUACACGUUAUUAAACCACAAACGUCAAUUGAUGCAUCCCUAAAAGCAUCAGCACAAACCAACGGAUACUUUUACGAAAAACCCAUCGCUCCAUUUCCCCCUCAAAUAAGCAAUCCUUCUGAUAAAAACAUACAAAUAACUCAAAACCCUGCAUAUCCAACUUUCAAACCUGGGACACAAAAACCAAAUACAACGCCAGGCUAUGUUUAUGAUAAACCUAGAAUUCCCUUCCCCAGCAACAACAUUCCCCAAGUCGUUCAAUCUCCUCAACCAAAAUCAAUCCCUCAACACGACUGUUCCAACCAUAAAUCUCCAAUAAAUCCUAUUAUUGCUAAUCCAUCUAAUGAAAAUCCAUACAUUCUGAAACCAUCCACGCCAAAACCAUUUAUUAGAACUACUAAACCCGUUUUUACAUUUCCUACCACUAAUGUUCCAAAAUAUAACCCAGUUACUUUUAAGAACCCCUCAAAGCCCUUCCAAAGUCAUGAUUGUGAUAAACCAAAACCUUUUCCCUUCCCAGCUAGUAAUCCAACUAAUCAAAAUCCAGCGGUUCCGAAACCUUUUAACCAACAAUCAUCGAAAGCAAUCAACAAACCGGAUACUCCAAAAGUACCUUCGCCUUCAAAUAAUAUUGCACAAAUAUUAGCUCAGCCGCAGCAGGUAAAAGCUGUUACUGUUCCACCUCAGAGGUCUUCUGGGUACUAUUACGAAAAACCAGCUAAACCAUUUCCCGAUCCAGUGGGAAAUCCAGGUUUUCAAAACCCAGUUGUUAUUCAACGGCCUACAGAACCUCCGUUUAAUUCUAAGCCAACAACUAUAACACCUGGUAAUGGAUAUUUUUAUGAUCAACCCAGAAUUCCAUUCUCAAGCAAUAACAUUGCACAGAUAAUAUCAAAACCUUCUCAACCACGUACCUUCGCUCAAGUAAAACCAUUCCGUACUACAACACCCGCACCUAAUGUCCCUUGUGAACAUGAGAAUCAAAAAUUAAACUCAUUCCCUUCAUCCAUUACGAGCAAACCAACAAACCAGAAUAAUAUCAUAGUGAAGUCAGAUUCGACAUCAAAUGCCUAUGUGUAUGACAAGCCCAACGUUCCUUUCCCACCUCAAGUGAGUGGACCGUCUAUUCAAAAUUCAGUGAGCUUAAGACCAUUCACUACUACAACUUCAGUACCGUUCAGACCAACGGGAUAUACUUAUGAUAGGCCUGAAAAAUCUUUUUCUCUACCAAAUCCCACCAAUAACGUUCCAAGUUUCAUUUCAAGCCCUGCGAACAACGGAUACAACUACCAGAAACCACAAAAUCCGUUUUCGUCCCAAAGAACUCUCACUGCGGACCGUUUUGGAUAUUCAACUACAUCUGGUGCUUCAAUUUCACCAUCUCCUACAGCAUCUACAGGAUAUUCAUACGAACAACCAAGAAUUCCAUUCUCUUCGAAUAUCACACCCAAAGUUGUAAGCAAAAAUGAGCCGAAUCUUAUUGGAAAUCCACAAACACAAGUAGAGGUCACGAUCCGACCAGGAUACGCCUAUAAUAAGCCAUACAACCCUUUUGUGUCUCCUCAACCAACGAACGGCGGUUUUGAUGUAGAAGGAUACUCCUACCCUAAGCCUUCCAUCCCUUUUAUAAGAUAA